GUUUUAAGUACUGUAUUUUGAUGAAAAUAUGAAGUAAAAUUUACUACUUUUUAGGGCUCAAAAUCAUGGUGCUCUUAUUCUCGACAGGUAACCAUUUUUACAGUGAAAGUAUUUACAGUAGUGGUCCAUCUAGGGACCAACCUGUGCAGUGGUCCGUUAAGCAGAUGGUCCCUCAACCGAAUGGCUAGAGUACCUAGAUUAUCAGAGUAGCGACACACAAGUCAUCUCCUCCAUGUUCUGUCGACUUUCAUCAUGUGACCUCUGAGUUUACAUUAAGAAAUUACGAUUAUUUCAGUUUAAUAAAGCAUUUUAUUCAUUUUUUAUUCAAGAAUAUGACGGAUGGAUGAAUCGAUACCUUUAUUAAACUGAAAUAAUUCGUGAUGAAUGGAACAAGUGGAUGAUGACUAUUGCAAAUAAAAGUUUAACAUCAACAAGGAGACUAAAACGAGCCAGCAUUGCACAAGUGUGUGAUUGGGUGCUGCGUGCUUGGGAAGGUAUUAAAACGGAGAUCAUUAUUAAGUCAUUCAAGAAAACUGGAAUAUCUAAUGCUCUGGGUGGUACAGAAGAUGAGGCAAUCUAUGAAGAUUCUGAUGAUGAUGAUUCAGUCAAUACUUUGGGAAUUCAAGAAAAAAGGGAUGAUGAAUCAGUCAUUAAUGACGUCAUAGAUAUGUUUCCUAAUGGAUAUAACUUACCAGUAGAUAGCGGUGAUUCAGUUGAAGAAUUUCUUGGCCACUAUGAUUAAUAAAAUGCAUCUUUAGACAAUCCCAUUAAAAAGUUUUUCUAAAUUUUUUGUCUCAAAAUAGGUGUGCGUCUUAUACUUGACAGCGACUUAUACUCAUCAAAAUACGGUAUAUCAAAAAAUUGAGUAUUGUUUAAGGCCUGGAAAUGAAUUAAUUUACUUUCCAUUAUUUCUAAUGGGGAAAAUUGAUUUUGGACUUUGAACAAUUCAGAAUUUGAAUGACUUCUUGGAAUGAAUUAAAUUUGAAGUAUAAGUUAUGGUAGAUGAGGCUGAAUAUAAUCUGCUAUAUGUAGCAGUUACAAGAGCUAAAAGAUGCCUCCUUAUUUCAACAACUCUAUAUUAUAUUUUACUGGAAGCUCAAGAAAAAUUUGAAUAUUUUGCUUCAAGAAGAACUUUUGAUUCCAACAAUCCACUAAAAUGUUUCUUUUGUGGUUUAUUAUUUUCGAAUGAGGAAAAUCCCCUUGUUUUGAUGCGUGAAGAAAUCAAACUUAGUAAUUCGGGGAUUGUUGCUGGAGGACCAAUCUGUUCAAAUUGUGCAACGAAUCCUACAUUCUUACCAGUAGUUCCACGAAUAUCAUUAACUUUUAAUGUUCAAUUUAGAAGGCCCAUUGAAGAUUAUUCUCAUCAAAGUAUAAGGAGAUUUGUAGGAAAUGAAGUCAGUCGACAAAGCUCGUAAAAUCAAUGCCCAAAAAUGAGAACAGUUGUUGAUUCACCAUAUUCUUAUGAAAUUAUUUUUGUGACUUUAUUCAAUAUUAUUAUAUUUAUACUCGAAAAAAUUUUAUCAAUUUGUUGAUAUACAUAUAUGUGCAUAUACAUAUAUACA